UUCCGCCAAGCAGCGGUGAGGAGGAUGCUCUUCUCUUCUUCUUCUGUGUGUGCAAGGAGCACUUUGGAGUCCAGUCCUGCUUGUGGGUGGGAUGCUCAGCUCCUCUUAUGAAGGCUGCGACUUCGGGGAUACCCCAAAGAAGAAGCCAGACGCACCAUGCGAGCACUGCACUGAUGCUCUCGCUGCGAGCGAGCGCUCGACGGCGAUGGCGGCGGAAGAGGAGCUUCCGUUGCUCCGGCCGGUACCCCGCGAGCAGGCCAUCCUGGAAAGCUUCUUCGCGCAGCUCGGCGUGUUCUCCUUCGACCGCGCCAAAGACUACGUGGAGAAGGAGAAAGAGAACAGCAGCAGGAGCUCCGGCGCCGUCUGGGCCGCGUUGCUGGCCGCCUUGGCUCACCUGGCCGCCGCCGAGAAGGCUUACCACAACAUGACCUUCUUGGGACAGAAAACGGGAGGUCAGUCGUUUUUCAGCCGCAAGGACUCCACGCGCACCAUCUACACGUCUCUGCACAACGAGCUGCGCAAGGUGGUGACGUUGGGGCGGCACGGGCAGCAGCAGGGCUCGUCGUCGGCGUACCUGGAGGAGCUCCUGUGCCACCUGGCCGAGCAGCUGUGCCACUUGGCGCAGGCCCGCGUGGACAUGGCCGAGCUCUACGAGAAGAUGCACGCGCUGGCCGGACAGAAGAACGUCAACGGCGAGGCGCUGGCGACCGCGCUGGACGCCGUGAUGCACAAGUACAGCUCCAGGUUCCACCACCCCAUCCUGGGCCGCGUGGAGGAAAGCUUCCAGACGGAGGUGGACGUGGUGACGCAGCUGCUGCGCUGCCAGGCGCAGGUGUCGGAGUGGCGCUUCCUGCCGGCGCUGCUGAGCCUGCACGGCGCCGCCGUCAAGCUGACGGCGUGGGGGCAGCUCUUCCAGCGGCAGAAGGAGACCCGCAAGCAUCUCUUCGGGGGCCAGUCCCAGAGGAGCGUUCAGCCGCCGCACCUUUACGCCUGGCUCCAGCGCUUCCAGGCGGCCCUCCUGGCCAAGUUCAGCUUCUACUUCCACGAGGCGCUGAGCCGCCAGACCACGCCGGCCGACAUGCGGGCGCUGACCGCCCGCGCCGCGCCCGACUACCACGGCAAGAUCUGCUCCUUCGUCCGCAGGCACGACGGCGCCAGCGUGUCGCUGGUCUUCGACAACCGCGGCUCCGAGAGCUUCCAGGGCCACGGCUACCACCACCCGCGCUCGUACCGCGAGCCCCCCAAGGGCGUGGAGCAGUUCCCCGCCGUGGUGUCCCUGCCAUCGGGCGAGCGCCCGCUCACGCACUGGCCCAACGUGGUCAUGAUGAUGGGCGACCGCGCCGCCGAGCUCAACGCGCCCGACAAGGUGGUGCACUUCUACGACGACAAGGUCCAGAGCACCUACUACUUGGCCCGGCCCGAGCCGCACUUCACCCUGGUGGUCAUCCUGGACGGCCGCAAGUCCGACAGGGACCUCAACGUGGUGGCCUUCCUGCAGGAGAUCUGCGGCGCGCUGCGCAACUCCAAGCCCUUCGCCACCCUCAAGCCGGGCUCCAAGGGAUGAGGAGGGCGCCGCGUCCAAGACUUGGGCCGGACUUUGACUUUUCAUCUCCCUCUUCGUUCCGUUUGGAUGGCAAGGGCUUGGCUUCGCCCCCCUCGCCCCCUCCAUUUAUUUAUUUUUGCCUCAAUAAAGAUUGCAAACGCA